AUGAUUCCCUUUGCCGGAGAAGCAUCAACAUUGUAUCUUCUAGACGGGCAUCAUGACGUGGGCGAGGGCGACAUAUCUUUUACUGAGUCCCAAAAGCUUCACCGGAAGCUCAGGGGGCGUAAUGUUGAGCUCUUUGCGGUAGGAGGAGCUAUCGGUACAUCAUUGUUCGUACAGAUGGGUGCAGCACUGCCGAAAGGUGGUCCAGCGGGUCUCUUCCUUGGAUUCCUAGCAUACGGUACAAUCGUUAUGGCUGUCAAUGAGUGUUUUACAGAGAUGGUCUGCUAUAUGCCCAUCCCAUCGCCGCUUGUGCGACUAGCUAGGCACUGGGUAGAAGAUGCUUUGAGUUUUGCAAUGGGUCGGAAUUUCUUCUUGACGAUGGCGCUAAAUAUUCCUUACGAGGUUGUCGCCAUCAAUAUAUUGCUCACCUACUGCACGGACAAAGUGCCCGUCGUAGCAGUUUCUUCCCAAUGUCUUGACGCUGGAAUGAUGCCCAUAACGGCAUCUAGAAGCUUGAACGUCCUCACAGUGCGUUACUUCGGAGGGCCCGAGUUUUACUUAUCAUUCUUCAAGAUAUUCCUAAUGGUGGGCCUGAUUCUCUACACAUUCGUCACGGUGGUUGGUGGCAGUCCCGACUAUGAUGCGAUAAAAUCUCGGUACUGGAAGGACCCUGGAGCGUUUGUCUCAUAUCUGGUGCCUGGGGACACCAGUGGCUUUCUUGGGGUAUCGAGCUGCAUGAUCCAAGGGUCAUUCACCCGGAAGGUCAUGCGGAAAGCAUUCGCCUCAUUCGGCUGGCGUCUCAUACUUUUCUUCUAUCUUGGAGCACUUUGCAUAGGAAUUGUGGUACCAUAUAAUGAUCCCACUUGGGCUGCCAUGCUGGAUGGUACAGCAAAGGGCAGUGGAACCGGUGCCGCAUCUCCGUAUGUGAUCUCUAUGAAUCACUUCGGUAUUCAGGUUCUACCAGACAUUGCCAAUGCACUGAUCAUGGCAUCUGUCCUAUCCGCUGGGAACAACGUUGAUUUUCCGCCUCGCGGACACUCGACGGUCCUCAAUUGGCUAGUCAGUUGCAUUACAAAAUCGUAUUUACUCAACUACUUCGGAACAUGCAUUACCUAUCUCCAUUUCCACGCCUCGCCAGGCCACUUUCAACCUUAUACGGCGUGGUACGCUCUUUGCGAAACGGGCGUAAUGACUCUGAUCCUGGGAUAUAACCUUUUUCUUUCCGGGAGCUGGGACUUGACAACGACCCUUUUGAAUUAUGUGUUGAUUGCCUUUUCCGCACUUACUUUCGUGUUCUGGAAGGUGUUUCGGCGCACACAAUAUGUGGGGAUCGGCAGGGCGGAUCUUCAGCUAGGGGGAAUUAGACGAGAGAUUGAUGAGUAUGGGGAGCUAGAGUAUGCGCGGAAACGAGGAAAGCCAGGGGCAUUCCUCGAUCGGUUGUUUGAGUAG